CAUCGCAUUCUUCUGUUUUAGACUUGUCAAUAUGGUGGUUCAAUCGCCGCAUUCUGUCCAGAGUUCUGUUCCUUAGCCUACAAACGGAGCCAAAAGGGUCAAGAUUCAGGUGGAGAAUAGCUCAGAGACGAAGGACAACGUGGCUGGACAACGGAGGGUCAGUGCCAGAUUACAAGCUGCCGCCAAACAAAAAGCUGAGAAUGAGCUUUUGACUAAACGGAAACUGGAGCUUCUGGAUGAUGAUGGUGGAAGAAGCGCUAAAAAAACUUAAUGUGGGUACUGAGAAGGUAAAUCAAAAGCUGAAGUUACAACAUUUUCAAACUGGGAUCCAACAGCUUCUUGAGAUACCAUUUCUCCCACUGAACUUCAGUUCAACAAGAAAGUGGUGAAAAUGGUAGAACGAGAUGCUAAAAUUGCAGAGGGACUACACGGUAGUAAUGCUCCUAAUGUUGCUGAGAAAAGUGCUCAUAUUAAGGUCAAAGAGACUGAAAGGUUGUUCAACAACUUUUAUCUUCACUUAGUUCAGGAUGAGGAAAAGCGAUGUGGAGCAGAUAAAGUUGAUAAGAAAGACAUGGAAGGAAAUGUACCUGAUGCUGGUGGUAAGGGCAAAGUCAAGCGACCUGAUUUAAAGGCAAUGACAAAGAUGAUGAAGAGAAAGGAGGUGCUUUAUCCUCAGAAAAGGAUAGGCAACAUUCCAGGCAUUGAUGUUGGUCAUCAGUUUUAUUCUCGUGCUGAAAUGGUUGCGGUUGGUUUUCAUAGCCACAGGUUGAAUGGUAUAGAUUUUAUGGGGCAGUCCUACAGGAAAGGGGUAAUACAUUCAAAAAAAAAUUCCUGUGAAUGUGUUAUUGAUCAUUCUCCACCUUUAAAGAUUUUUCACUCAUUUCCAUUAGUAUCUGUCUUAACCCUAGCUUAUAAGCAAUCUGGAGCCCCUAAUAGAUUCCGCACAGUUCUACUUCCAACAUCGUGCAUAUUCCGGUAA